UACGUAUUCAAUAACAUGAUUUAUUACAAUCUUGCAAAAUCUCACUGUACGUAUUCAUCUAAAUCUACUUUCUUCUACUUUUAACUAAAAGGGGUUAGAAAAAAAGACAAGUAGACAACUUUUGGUCUACAUUUCCAACCUUCGGAGGUGUCAAACCGGAAUUAAUGCUUUUCCAGCGAUGAUAUUACCAAACAUCUUAUAAUAUAAAUAUCCACCAUCAUCAUUAUUCGUCAUCAUCGCAUUUUGAUCAAUACGCAUGUUUAUAAAUAUCUAAGCACAAAGUGGGGUACCUUAAUCCACCGGAAAUUUGGGAUUUUUUUUUUCAGCUGGGAGCCUGGGACCUGACAUUGAUCGAGGACCUUGACUAAUUGCUGCGUCUUUUAACAAGGGGUUGGAUACAUAGGAGCAAGGUUUAUCUGGGAAGAUCAGAUCUGUUUGGUUUUUGGUUUGUCUUGAAAAGGGAUAGAAAGUAUAAUGUCUUUUAUUGGGACACAGCAGAAAUGCAAGGCCUGCGAGAAGACUGUUUAUCCGGUUGAGCUGUUGUCUGCUGAUGGGAUUAGUUAUCACAAGUCUUGCUUCAAAUGCUCUCAUUGCAAAGGGACUCUCAAGCUGAGCAGCUACUCUUCAAUGGAGGGUGUGUUGUACUGCAAGCCUCACUAUGAGCAGCUUUUCAAGGAGACUGGCAGUUUCAGCAAGAAUUUUCAGUCCCCUGCAAAGUCAGCUGAGAAGUCAACUCCAGAGUUGACAAGAUCACCUAGCAAAGCUGCUAGUAUGUUUUCCGGGACUCAGGACAAAUGUGCCACGUGUGGUAAAACAGCUUACCCACUGGAGAAGGUGACAGUGGAAAGCCAAAGUUACCACAAGUCUUGUUUCAAGUGUUCUCAUGGCGGAUGUUCACUGACCCCAUCAAAUUAUGCUGCCUUAGACGGCAUCUUGUACUGCAAACCUCAUUUUUCGCAACUGUUUAAGGAAAAAGGAAGCUACAAUCAUUUGAUCAAGUCUGCAUCCAUGAAACGCCCAACGGCAGCAGCAGUUCCUGAUUCUUGAGUGCAAGCAAAAAUCUACUUAAACCGACUGCAUUAUCUAUUUCGCAUGAGCUUGAAAUUCGUGGGCGUUACUUUUUUUUUUCUUUUUUUUUUU